CUCCCGCGGUCCAAUGUAAGUGCACCCGAGUCGCCGGACAGACACACACUGACAGAAGAUGGCGAUGAGAGCGGCGCUGCGGUGCCUCCCUGCAAACUUUUCCCCCAGACUGCCUCAGCUCUCGUCGGCAGCGCAGGUUUCAGCAACUCGGCUGCUGUGGAGGAGCGACUCUCCGCGGACACUGAGCACGACCUCGGUCCUGUCCACAGCUCUAAAGUUCACAGAAAAGCACGAGUGGGUGCGAGUGGAAGGUGGAAUCGGCACAGUUGGUAUCAGCAAUUAUGCUCAGGAAGCAUUAGGUGACGUGGUAUACUGUGGACUCCCUGAAGUUGGCCAAAGACUUGAACCGUUGGAGGAGUUUGGUGCCUUGGAAAGCGUAAAGGCUGCCAGUGAGCUAUACUCACCACUGGCAGGAGAAGUGACUGAAAUCAACACAGAGCUGGCAGAGAAUCCUGGACUCGUGAAUAAAGCCUGCUAUGCAGAGGGGUGGCUGAUCAAGAUGACUAUCGAAAAGCCCGAAGAACUUGAAGGGCUCAUGGAUCAAGCUGCAUACGAUACAUUUAUUAAGUCACUUGAAGAAUAAAUGGAUAAACUCCAAUGUGCUGUUUUUAUAAUGUAAUUGCAAUCAAAGAUUAGUAGGCAGGGUUACUAACAUCUUUCUUUAUUUUGAUACUGGAAUUGUGAUAUCAAAAUGAUCAUUUUAAAAACCCUCAGUAACAUCUUCCUCUUAGGUUAUAAUUUGUUUAGCUACUAGCCAACCAAAAGGGCUCUUUAUCUCAAGAUCUGUCUCCAUGUGCACAAAUGUGGGAAAAGACUGGAAAGUGAUUGUAAGAGCCGUGUCGCAUUCAUUUAAUAAAAUUUAGUCCUUUCACCUCUG